AUGGAUUUUGGUUUGAUGGGUUUUUGCUUUUGUGAUAGAUUAAAUUUAGUUUUAUGGCUUAAAAUUUGAUAUUAUAUUAAAUUAACCUCCAUUUUUGUUGUUGCACAAGUAUCUAUUCAACUUUGUGCAUUAGAAAGAAUAUGUAGAGGUAUUUAAUUGAUUUUUAUAUUUUUGAUUUUUCUUUUCUACCACUUGUCUCCAAACCUGAAUUCACUUCCAUCUUUAUUUUUGAAGAAAAUCCUCAACUCUAAUACCUAUCUUUUUCCAAGAAAACCCAAACAAAUUAAGAGACAACUUUGCCAGAAGAUUCAAUAAUAAUUACUUAAAAACUAUAUAGUCGGCUAGUAUAUCCUCCAAACCCCCUUUAACAAUACCACUCAAAUUUUUUACAGAAAGAAAUUCAAAAUCAUUAAAUUCCUCCCUUGCAAUCUUCCUUCUAAACAGCACAUUCCUCUUCAUCUCCACUUGAAAAUCCCUUCUCUCACCUAAAUCCCAUUCUUAAGCUAACUUCUCUCCUCCCAAUUGUCCACUGCUAACCCUUCACCAUUAAAAUUUCUUCAGUCACAAUCUGCUACUUACUACAAUUCCAUUAAUUCUCAGAUGAAAAUCCCAAUGUCUUAGUCAUUGGUCGUUCAAAUUCUGGUAAAAGAGAGUACAAAAUAUGCAGAUUUCAACUACAAAUUUGAAAAAUCUCUAAUGGGAUUAGUAGAGGAAUUAGAGAAGAGACUGGAAUUAGUCAGGAAGGGGUAUG